UGUAAUUGUGAUAUAAUUGGGUUUGAGUUUAUACCUCAACAAUGCCAGCGUGAAUGUGCUAAUACUUUCCUUUCAUUCAAGUCACGCUUCACUUUUCCGUGACCACCGCUAAGAAGGCUCGGGGUCUCAACUUUUGAAACCAUCACUAUUCGUCUGCGCAUUUAAUUCAUUUACUUUAGAUUUAAUACUUUUAUCUUCUUUCAAUUCUUUUGCACCUCUUCGAAUAUUCUGUUUUGUUAUCUAACUUGCCUUCGAUUUGUCGUACACUGGGUCAAAAGCAGGAAAGCCUUUUUUCUAUUCCGAUGGCCUCAGAGAGCGAGCUCCAGGAGCCAACACUGACAUCCUCUGGAGAAAUGCUUUCUUCUACCGAGUUGGCCAAUGAAAACACGCCUGGUGAUGCUGCGGAAGGAAACACACCGGCAAAUGUCGCUACUGCUGAGCCUGAUCAAGGACCGCAUGGCCCAGACCCUGCUGCCGAAGAGCAAAAAGAUGGGGUUGAAGUUCCCAAAAAGAAGAAAAAGAAGAGCAAACGAAAAGCGAACAAACCUACUGGCUUCGAGGAGUAUUAUGUUGAUGCUCCGAUCACACCAGCUGAAUUUGAAGAGGAGCGAGGGCUCUAUCAUCCUUCCCGAUCCUUUGCAGAACGCAUUGAAACUUGCAUUCAACGUUACAAAGCGAAGAGAAAUUUUGACUCAGAGAGAAAGAAUAUUUUCGACAAAUACAUGACUCUCGGAGGAAUUAACGCUACGCCCAAAAUGUUUACAGGAGGUCUCGAUAGUGAAUUCCUCGAAGACAGAGAUGCCGCAGAUAUUGCGGCUAUGACUUCCGCCAGUCACGUUGACCCGGACAAAGGUAGCAUUGGAAAGGAUGGAUCAAUUUGGGAAGUGGAUUUUGAGGGUGUGGCCAAGGGGUUUUUGUCCUCCUUCGUCCCCGGGUACUUUGACCUCGACACUGAAAAGCAGAUAAAGGCGUGCACGGCCAUUAUCCGGAAUUUCCUCAACUAUGUGCUCCACCACAAUGUCUGUCCGGAAUAUGAGGAUCAGAUUUACGCCGCUCGCCGUCUUUGCGAUCUAGCUGAGAAAGAGCUCUUCAUGACCAGGAUGGCGACAAAACUGCUUCCUGGUAGAUUCAACAUGGCCAAUUCGACGUUAUAUGGCGGUUACUUUUGUGGCAUGUAUACUGGCGACAAAUCGUGGAGCGAUCCCUCUGACGAUCCGGCGGGCAUGAGCGAUAAGGAAGCUAAGCAGACUGUCAUGGCGGGUCUAGCUGCUUACGGGACAGAUGAGCAAAUUCAGGUGGCGGCAAAAGGCACUCCUACUGUAAUCAAAACCGAAGAUGUUGGUUUUGAGAUUGAUGAAAUCCUCUACGCUGAUACUGAAACCAAGGAGUUUUACGGGAAGCAACUCAAAGGAGGAUUGCCUGUGCUGGGUAAGAUUAGAGUAAAAGGCUGGCGGAAUCCUUCUAAUCCCGAAGAGGACAUGUCAGAUGAUGAAGAAUCUGGACCGCAAAGGCAAGACCCAAAAUAUGAGUUCUGGGUGGAAGAAGACGUGCUCAAGUAUUGUUUCGAGGGGAUGAAAAUAGAAGCAACGGUACGGGAGCUUGACUGUGGUAUCAAGUACUUUGAUACUGUUACUUCCGUGCUCUGCUCAUUCUAUACCUUUUUGCCCAAUGAGCUCAUGCAGGGGUGGAAGGAGCCUGUCCCCCGAGGAAAUAAUGAAGAUGAUAAUCAAGCGCAGGGUGCCAUGGAGGGAGAGGAUGUUGAAUAACUUCCCGUGCAAUCAUGGGGUAGCGAUCUUAGCGCAUCAAGUGCGGUUGCGCAUAGCUCUUGCAAAGGUUGAACUAGAUACAAUGUGGGCAGAGAUCUAGAAAUGAAUUG